UCUGCACGCUCGGAUAUGAAUCGUCUGCACUGGAUAUGAGCCUCGAGGCAAACUGAACUUGUUUGUUUGGAGCAGAGAGAAAAGCAAAGAAACCAGAAACGUCUGGUUCUCUGCUGUGGAGCUCCCACAUAUACGGAGAGUCGCCUCGCUGCAGUUUUUCAGCCAAAUACCAAGCUGCUUCUCGGAUUACCGCUGGCCCCGCCCCCUCGGCACACAGCUUAAGCCAGUGGUGAGGCUGCUAUUCAGCAUGGAGGCGUUGCUUUCAGGCUUAACCGCCCGGUUGCCUAGGGAACCGGGCGGCAGAGACAGAGGGAUUGGGGAGAGAAGAAGAAAAAAAAAAAAGAGAAAAAAAACGCGUUUCCAGGUCAGCUCAAAACAUGGAGAGAGGAGCAAAGAGACAAAGAGGAGGUGAUAGUGAGGUGGCGGAGAGGCAGUGGGGGGAGAAGGAGGUGCUGGCUCUGGUGUCGGCGUGGGACGAGGAGGUGGGAGCGCCGCGCGCCGCCGACAGCAGGACCGCGUUCCAGUCGAUCUCAGAGCGUCUGAGGAGGCUCAGCGUUGUGCGCGGCUGGUGGGAGUGUCAGGCCAAGUGCAGGAGCCUGGGACUCCAGACCAGGAAGACAGACGCAGCAGCAAACUACAGCCCAGGAGGGGAUGGAAGGCCGGUGGAGGGCUGGGAGGAGGAAGAGGAAGAGGUGGAGGAGGUGGUAGGAGACAAUCAAAGAGGAAGCUACUCUUCCUCAGUCCCAAACCCAACGCAGGAAGGUAUGAAGGGUCUGAUCCACCGGGCUCUUCCUUACACCGCGAGCGUGGCCGAGGAGGGCGGCCGCCACUGGACGGACGACGAGGUGCGAGCGCUGCUGUGCGUCUGGGCCAACCGGCGCAUUCGAGAGCGCCUGAAGUGCACGCUGCGCAACAAGUCCAUCUUCCAGGAGAUGGCCCGGCAGAUGCAAAGAACCUUCGGGGUGGUGCGUAACUGGAAACAAUGUCGAACUAAGUACAAGAACUUGAAAUACGACUACAAGACCGCUAAAAGCGCUCACGCCGUCGGAGCCAGCGCCGGGGGCCCGGGGAAGUACAUGAAGUUCUUCGAGGAGGUGGAGGCCAUUCUGCUGGACCGGGGGCUGGAAAACGGGACCACGGAGAUGCAGAAGAGGCUGUAUGACGGAGAGACGGGAGCGGGGAGGCUGCAGACACCGGCCUCAGAAAGCGAGGUCGUCAUUGAAAUUGAUGACGAUGACAACAGCGAUGAUUACGAUAUGGAUGGAGACGUGGAAGCCAAAUGGAGAGGAACAGAUGCCCAUCUGACGCUCGCAGACCCGUCCAGCUCCGAGCAGUUCCACGUGGUCAUGGUGUCGGACACGGGCCGCAACUGGAGCGACCAGGAGGUGCGAGCGCUGAUUCAAGUCUGGUCCGAAGAGCGCGUGUGCCGGCAGCUGGAGAGCUCAACCAGGAAGAGGGACAUCUUCGUCCAGAUCUCCAACAGGUUGAUGCAGCAAGGCAUCGAACGCGACUGGAAGCAGUGCCACACCAAGUACAAAAACCUCAAGUACCUCUACCGGUCCCUGCAGAGAGGAAAGGGCGACGAGGCCGACCCGAGGCGCCUCAUGAGGUUCUACGACGAGGUGGACGCCAUUAUGAAUCGCACGACUAACGGCUCGCCGUACCACACGGGAGCUGCAGACAAACACGCCGACUCAGGUAGACUCACGAUGCUGGAGGGCCGCGAGGAGAACGAUCGUGAUCAGACGAACACAGUGAGAACGAUGAGUGGACCGACGGAGGACCGGACUUGUAGUUCUGAUUCUGUCUCGUCCACAAACCUCAACGUUACGACAAACAAUGGAGAGCCGAGGCUGCAUUCUGUCCAGGAGCUUCACUCGGAUCAACAGCACAGAUUAAUGAGCUCUUCUGAACCUCAGGUGAAGAGAGAAGAACUCCAUUCAGCAAACAGGAGAACAAAGAGGAAAGCUGCGGAUCAAGACCUCUCACUCCAGACGCCCGUGAAAAGACUGGACUCUGGCAGUGAUGCGGUGGAGGCCACGUGUAAAGAGGAGCCGGAUCACAUCCCCAUAAUGAAGAUCAAUUCAGUGUGUUCCAUCGCCUCCAGCAGUCCGUCCCCAGAGACAGAGGUAACUCCUCCUGAGCACAACAGACGUUCAACGCAACUCAAGUUCAUCUGAAGGAAACAUCACAUCAGCAGAGACCUGAUGCUGUAAACUCACAUUAUACAUCCAUCCUCGAGUCGAUCAAUCCGUCAGCUGAUCGACAGAAUCGAUCAAUUUAUCAUUUUAGUCAUCAAACAUCAAAUAUGUGCUGAUUUGCAU